AUGCGAUGCGCGAGCAAGGCCGCCGAGAGCGCGUCCGCACGUCUCUGUGCGGACGCCAAAGCAGAAACCGCAGCAACUGAUGUCUCAUCGGUUGCUGAAGCGACCCAGCCUGUGUCACUUGGUGAUGCAGGCGCUGGUCAUGAAGACACUCAUGUCUUCACAGAGUAUGAGCUCGGUGUCUCAUACUCUCCUGAUUCGGAAGACGGAUCCGUAUCGACGGCGAUUGAAUCUAAGCCGCCUGCCAAGCGUGGCAUGGAUGAUGCUUUGCGUCGUAGCAUCUUUGGUUCAUCUGAUUCGUCACAUGAACCAUCGCCAAAGCGAAGGCGCUCAAGAUCGCGAGACUCGGGCGCUCACAGUGGUGUCGGUUCUCCUUUGGACACCACUUCGCAGCGAGGUGCCAGUACUUCUGACGACACAUCGCAAGAAGAGCGGGAACGCAGUGUGUUGCGUCUCGCUCCCAAAAAGAAAGCACGGCUGCCUCCAAAGUCAGUCAUGGAUCGCUUGUCGGCGACGACAAGUGAUCGCUAUCGAACACGAUUGUUCGAUUCGUCAAGGAUCCAUCACCUUGACCCCAGCGCGAAAAACUAUCGCGCUGAGAAUGAUUUCUUCAUCGAUGCUUUCUUUGAGCAUCGGUGGCACAUUGGGAAUCACGUGAUGGUCCCUCACUGCUUUAAGCGUGGAACGCCUACAUCCAUAACCUUGAGGAUGUGGGUCGUGACGUUUGAAGCGACAAACUUAUCAAAGCUCGUGAUAAAGGCUUGCCUCCUUACUAGCCCGUGGUGGCGCGCACGCAUCUCUACUGAGGUGUACGGUGGGAUUGACAACCUGAAAUCCCUUUACGACCGUGCCGGGAAGACUUUCUCCGGCGGUCCUUCUGCGGAACAGGAUGUGCCGCGUCGUACUGCUCGACCAGACCCAGUACGUCAACCAUCAGUCGGGAACGGGGCUCCCGAGAAUCCCAGGACGGGGGAUAGCCGCGCCACCGGACGAGAUAACUCGUCCGACGUCCGUUCACGUCGCGGUGGUUCAACAGCUGCUCAACUAGAUAGCGCUGGCCACCGCGAGGUUCCUCUAAUAAAGGGGGAGGAGGAGGAAAGACGCUCUCCACACGAUCAUGUGGAUCGGUGGUUCCCGAGAGCUUCUUUGAUCGCGUAA